UUAUGUGCGAAUUCAACCAGAGCAUUAUACUGACACUUGAACCUCGUACUUUGCGCAUGCUGCGCGUUAACGUGUUUAAUUUGCCAUCCUUCUCGGAAGAUUUGGCCCAGAUAGCACUUGCGAUAUCGAAUCCGCAAAACCACUGACGUGAACGUACGAGAUUCGUUGUAUUUAUCAAGAUAUCUUUGGUGACAACCUUAUGAGAUAUAAGGGGCAAGUAAUACCUGAGCAGAGAUAGUGUUGUGCCAGACUGGUCCGUGAUACGAGCGCGUAGAAAAAUCAAACAGCAAUCAUAGUGCGAUAGAAACAAUCAGGUCAUAAUGAGAUUGUGGAUAUUAUUGACUGCACUCCUAUUAGUUGCAAUACUCGUUGCGGAAACUUCUGCAAAAAAAUCGAGCAAAGAUGUGGAAUCAAGGAACGGUGGUGAAAAAGAGAAAAAGGUUGAUGUAGAACACCGUACGAAGGAUAAACAAUCAAAGAAGAAAGACAAGUAUGUGAAAGAACAGAAAAAGAGGAAAAACAGUUCACCAGAACGAAACGUCGAAGGUUUUUCUGAAAAAUAUUCAGAAGAAAAAAAUUCUGACAAGUCAGAACAGAAAUCAAAAAACAAGCGAAACAAACGUGAAAAUAUCGAAGCGACAAAUGAAGAGGGAAAUAUAAAUAACGAUAAAAAAUCGAAAUAUUCGAAAAAUAAGCUAAAAACAGAAACGCAAAGUAAGAAAGAUAAGACUGCUAAAGGGCAAUCGAAAGAAUCUGAAAAACCUCUUGAAACUUCUCAAAAUUCUGAUAGUCGCCAAAAAUCGAAGAAAAGCUUAAAGGAGGAAAAAAAUAAGAAGAAAUCAAAAAAUAUUGAGGAAGUUGAAAAUGUAGAGAAAAAUUCAAAUACUGAUGUUCCAAGUAAGAAGACAAAGCGCUCUAAAUCGCAAAAUUCUGAAAGCGUUAAGGAUGUUGUUAACAAGAACGAAAAGAAAACUAAAUAUGACAAGAAAAAUAAAAAGGAAGAGGUACCCAAAAACACAGAAUCUAAAGAAACCGAGGAAGAAUUAGUCGAAGCCGAUAUAACAUCUGCAGAUUCCGAGCAAGAAGAAACUGUGGACAAGACAAAGAAAGAUAAACAGAAAUCUCAGGAAACAUCAAAGAAGAGCAAGAAAAAUAAAAAGAAGCGUGAAGUAGUGCAAGAAGAACAGGAAGCUGAGGAAGAGCAACCGAAAGAAAAUUUUAUCGUACAGGAAGAAGAAAUUGAAACAAAUGAGAUUGAAUCCGAAGAAAAUUGCUUAGCUCAAAAUAAUGAUGAAGAAUGUGCGGCAUCGGAAUAACAAUAUUCAGUAUAUUAAUGAUAAAAUCUUAAACAGUAAAAAGCGAUCAGAGAUAUAUUUACAUUAAUACAUUCUUGUAUAAUAUCAUAAUUAAGAUUUCUAACGAUAAGAUUUCAAACGCGUUCAGUAACAGACAAAUUUAUUUAUUUCGUCUAUCUACAGUAAAUUACACAUAAAUUUUAGGAUGUUUUUGUCACUAAAUUAUAUAUUUAAAAACGUUA